AUGAAUAAAUUAGGAGUUAAAAAAUUUAAUGUAUUUAUAAUAAUAGGUUUAGGUAUAGUUACAAUAAUAUUUAUAACAAAUUAUUUAACAAAUAUUAAAACAGAUGUUUCAUCAUCAUUAACUACUUCAAAUUCAAAUUCUGCUAAAACUUUAUCUAAAAUUGGUAUAGAUGUUGGAUUGAAAAAUGAUGGAUCAAAAGAAACUUCAAUUGUUAAAACACCUUCGGAAGUUGAAGCAGAUGCAAAUGCGGAAGAAAUAGCAGAUAUAGAUAAUCUGAAAUCUACUAAACCUAAACCACAAACAUCACCAAAAAUUGAAGAUAACUCCAUUACAACCAGUAAUAAAAUUUUCAUAAAAGAAGAAUAUAUUGAUGAAUUAUAUAAAUAUACAAAAACUACUUAUAAACAACCAUCAUCCUCACAAAAAGACUCAAAAUUACCAACAAUUUUAAUAUUAUCAACAAUUGCCAAGGAUGAUCCAUAUGGAAAUGGUAGACAAUUUAAAGAUUACAUAAAUUCAAUAAAUACAUUAGUUAAUACAGAACCAACAAAUAAAUUCAAAUUUUCAUUAGGUUUAUCAAUAAAUUCACCUCAAAAUUUUUUAAAUUUACAAAAAUUUAUUGAAGAAAAUGAUUCAGCUUUAUUUGAAAAAUUUGAAAAAAUUUCUUUAGUAUCUUCUGAAGAAAUGGAAAAAUUGCAUGAAGUUAAAUUUUCAAAUGAUCAAGAAUUAAAUGAUGAAGAUUUAGAAAUUAAUAGAUUUAAUAGACAACAAGAUAAUAAGCAAAGAAUUAGAAGAAGAAUAAUUGCUAAAAAUCGAAAUUUUUUAAUUUCAAAUACUUUAGAAAAUGAACAAUAUAUAAUUUUCAUUGAUUCAGAUGUUGAAAAAUUUGAUCAUAGUUCUAAAUUUAUUGAUAUUUUAAUUAAAACUGGUAAAGAUAUUAUUGUUCCCCGUAUCUAUAGAGGUGAAUCAAUGAAUGAUUAUGAUAGAAAUUCUUGGAGAGGUGAAAGAACAAAACCAACUGAAGAACAAUUAAAAAUUAUGGAUUUAAAUUUAUGGUCAAAAUUUGAUUAUGUACCAAGAGAUAAAGAAAAUAUUUGGCAUUUUUAUAUGUUUGAUUCAAAUUCUCAAGAUGAUGAAAAAUUAAAGGCUGUUGAUUAUUCAGUUCCGUUGGAUUCUGUUGGUGGUGCCUUUUUAUUCUUUAAGUCUAUAAUAUAUAAACAAGGUGUCAUAUUCCCAACUAAUUAUAUUAUUGGUACUAAUUGGGAAAGAUUAGAAGGUUAUGAUGGUAUUGAAACUGAAGGAAUAUGUUAUUUAGCAAGACCUUUAGGUUAUACUUGUUGGGGUUUACCUAAUUUAAAUGCUUAUCAUGUUCCAUAA